AUGUCAGAAUCUGAGGAAGAAAAUCCAGACUAUCUUCCAAGGUCAAAGCCUGCAGAGGAAGGUAGCUGCACCAUGGACUUCGAUCUGGACUUAGAAACUUCAUGGCCUUUGGAUCACCUGGCCUUUGUCUCCAACCCCACGUCACCUCUUCUGUUCUCCUCCAACUCUGACCAGCCUUAUUCUCCUCUAUGGGCUUUCUCUGAUGGAGAAGACCCCAAACUUCCAGCUUCUGCCUUCUCUGAUUGCCACAAGAUCUUCCCUUGUGAUUCAAAUUCAAUAGCUGAAAAGCCAGUGGAAAAUGAUGACAACAAACAGCUUUUGGCACCACUUGCGCCUAUGCCACUAGUGGAAAAUGUGGACGGAUAUUGUGUGAUAAAGGAAAGGAUGACACAAGCGCUUCGUUACUUCAAAGAGUUGACUGAAUUGAAUGUUCUGGCUCAAGUUUGGGCACCUGUGCGGAAUGGUAAUCGGUACGUGCUUACAACUCUAGGUCAACCAUUUGUUCUUGAUCCACAUAGCAAUGGACUCCAUCAGUAUAGAACGGUCUCUCUGAUGUACGUGUUUUCUGUGGACGGGGAGAAUGAUGGAUGUUUGGGACUCCCUGGUCGGGUUUUUCAGCAGAAAUUGCCGGAAUGGACUCCCAAUGUUCUGUAUUAUUCUAGUAAAGAGUAUCCACGCCGAGAUCAUGCUCAACACUACAAUGUUCGUGGAUCUUUGGCUUUGCCCGUUUUUGAGCCUGCAUUGCAGUCAUGUGUUGGUGUACUGGAGUUGAUAAUGACUUCACAGAAGAUCAACUAUGCUCCUGAGGUUGAUAAAAUCUGCAAAGCCCUAGAGACAGUAAACUUGAGGAGUUCCGAAAUUUUGGAUCAUCCAUACACUCAGAUAUGUAAUGAAGGCCGUCAGAAUGCUUUAUCAGAGAUCUUGGAGAUAUUGACAGUGAUGUGUGAAACUCAUAAUUUACCUCUGGCCCAAACAUGGAUUCCUUGUAAGCAUCGGAGUGUCUUGGCCCAAGGUGGUGGAGUAAAGAAAAGUUGUUCUAGUUUUGAUGGUAGCUGCAUGGGGAAAGUUUGCAUGUCUACAACUGACAUAGCAUUCUAUAUUAUUGAUGCUCAUUUAUGGGGUUUCCGUGAGGCCUGUGUUGAGCAUCACUUACAACAAGGUCAAGGGGUUGCAGGGAGGGCUUUUUUGUCCCACGGCAUGUCCUUCUGUUCAAACAUUGCCCAAUUCUGCAAAACUGAUUACCCCUUAGUUCAUUAUGCUCUCAUGUUUGGGUUAACAAGCUGUUUUGCAAUAUGUUUACGAAGCUCUCAUACAGGAAGUGAUGAUUAUGUAUUAGAGUUUUUUCUGCCUCCUAGGGUCACAGACUUUCAUGAACAAAAGACUUUGUUGGGAUCCAUAUUGGCAACAAUGAAACAGCAUUUCCAGAGUCUUAAUAUUGCUUCUGGUGUUGAACUUAAGGAUGGUUCAAUUGAAAUAAUUGAAGCAACAAUUGAAAGAAUUCAUACGAGGCUUGAAUCUAUUCCAAUUGCCCCAUCUAUUAUAUCACCACCUAGACCUGGUACUUCACCAAAUAUGGAGGAGGAAGUUCCACGGGAUCCAUCAGAACAACACAUAUUGAUGUACUGUAAUGGUAUCAAUGAUGGAGCAAAUCUCAGUGGUGAAGCAGGUGGAAAGAUUGAUCAUACGACCACUUCAGGGACCAAAAACAUUAAGAAACCCUUAGAGAGGAAACGUGGAAAAACUGAGAAAUCAAUAAGUCUUGAAGUCUUGCAACGUUAUUUUGCUGGGAGUCUAAAAGAUGCUGCGAAGAGCCUUGGUGUUUGCCCAACCACAAUGAAGCGCAUCUGUAGGCAGCAUGGGAUAUCUCGUUGGCCAUCUAGAAAGAUCAACAAGGUUAACCGUUCCUUGUCCAAGCUCAAGCGUGUUAUUGAAUCUGUCCAGGGUGCUGAAGGAGCAUUUGGUUUGAAUUCUCUCAGCACAAGUCCACUUCCCAUUGCUGUCGGUUCCCUUCCUAAGUCAUCUACUCCAAACAAGUUCAGCCAGCCAGUCUCAAUAGGCAUUAGACCAUCAGAGCCUCAGAUGGAUGUGAAUGAAUUGAUUGCCUCCAAAGAAUUAGAAACAAACAGACAGGCUGGAAUGGAAGAUCAAUUGCUUGGAGGAAGGAUACGGAAUCUUGAGAGAGUUAAAGGAGUUUCUACUCAGGAGGUUUCAACAGAACCGAAAAGGACUAGAACUGGGAGUGGCUCAAGUGAGGACAGCACAAAUCCUACCUCUCACGGUUCAUGGCAUGACAGUCCCCCAAAUGAAAGUUCACCUGUGAAAGAUAUAUUCAUUACCAACAACCAUGAUCAAUGUACUUUGCUAAGGAGAUCACCAGAGUCAACACUGCAGCCAACCAUUAAUAUGCCUAACCGGCUUACUGCUUACCCUAUGCCUGACUUAGUGGCUGCAGAACUUCAAGAGCCAUUUGGAGGAAUGCUAAUAGAGGAUGCCGGAAGUUCUAAAGACUUGAGAAAUUUGUGUCCUUCAGUAGCUGAGGCCAUUUUGGAGGAUCUAGUUCCUGAAGCUUGUGGGACUAAUCCUCCAGCUUUAGAUUUGUCUCCCAAGCAAAGCAUGGGUACUCCUAAUAAAUCAGUGACACCUUUUGCAGCUAUGAAAGAAAUGAAGACUGUGACUAUCAAGGCAACAUACAGAGAAAAUAUCAUUCGAUUUCGGGUGUCAUUGACAUGUGGCAUUGUGGAGCUUAAAGAAGAAGUUGCCAAAAGAUUGAAACUAGAGGUGGGUACAUUUGAUUUCAAGUACCUUGAUGAUGAUCACGAAUGGGUUUUGAUAGCCUGUGAUGCAGACCUGCAGGAGUGCAUGGAUGUUUCAAGAUCAUCUGGAAGCAACAUAAUCAGGGUUUUGGUGCAUGACAUAACGUCCAAUCUUGGAAGCUCAUGUGAGAGCUCGGGGGAGUGA